AAAAUCUCGCAGAGCGCAGUUCAGAAUUGCGAGCGAAGCGAAGUAGACGCAACACAUAUCGUAUCCAAUCACUUUAACGAAUUCGGGGAUUCCCUAAUUGCAAUCAAGUUGAUUUAUUUUGGUCUGUUGUGUGCCUGUGAUUCGUACAAAAAAAAAAUCGGCGGUAGGUAUCUGCUGAAGCUGUGACUAACGAUCGUGAAAAAUCUGCAAACAAACGCAAUCGCUGACGAUGGAUGGCGAUGGAGUUUACAAGAAGGACGGUAAUCUGGGAGGAGCUCGUCAUGGGGACGCUUACCAAGUACAUCUGUUGAUGCUUAUGGGCGAAAGGGCGAUCUCCAAUGAACGAUAUGUGGACUUUCGACUGGCAACGGAAAUGGAAGCUGCUGGAAAAUUCGACGAUGCCGUGCUAAUGUGGAAGGGUGUGGACGAUUCUCGCAAUUGGUUGUUUGUGCAAGUGAAGUAUAAGUUGGGCUGCUGCCCCCAAAUUGGCGAGAAGGAUCUCUUUCCAGAUACUGAGGAUCUUAUGGCGAAAGGGGACUUUUCUCUGUACAAAUAUUUAGUGUCGUUUUGGGAGAGUAUGCGCCGCAGCGACAUGGAGGGUGAAAAGCAAUUUGUAAUUUUUACGAACAGUAGUUUAGCGGAGAGCGUCGAAGAUUCGUUCGAGGAUGGCGAACAUGACGUAGAACCAGUUUUGAGAUCCGGAGUAAACGGUGCACGAUUUCUGAAGAUACGAUCGAAGGAAGAACAGUGCGAGCAGCUGAUCAAUUAUGCGAAUAAGGCUUUUAUCGAUUUGACGGAAGCGAUGCGAUCAGCUGUUAUCAAUAAGGAUAAAGAUACGAGCUUGGAAUUAGUGAACAAGUAUCGGGGUGCCUUGAACAAUAAAGUUUUGAUCGUAAGUGAUGGAAGGGUGAAGUUUGCACCACGCUUUAUAAGAAGGAACAAAUUGGAUCUUGUGGAACGCAUUAUGCGCAACAAACUUUUCCAUGGCGAUGAAACAUUGGAACAGCUUAUGUCUUAUGGUGUGUCGAAUGAUCAGCUACUGAAGAUCCUGACAUCGAAAUCGAAGUCCUGCAACACAUUGCCACCGAUGAUCACCCUUUCAGAAGCGCAAGACUUUCUAGACUCGAUCAUUUUUGCAGUCAAGCAACCGAACAAUGCCGUCAUGAAAGCAACAAUCCUUAAUGAAUUACGAUCACAUCCGACUUCCCCCACAAAUAGGUGUGGAUCUGGUGACGACUACGUUCUACUAACCUACAGUACGCUACAGCACAAAAUCCAUUCCCUAUUGGACUCCCCAUCCGGAAGGGCUCUUUGCAGAAAAGAUCUAGAAAUGGAAUUUCACAGUGUUCAGCGAUCCAUAUCCAGCUCAAGGCUUUCCAUGCAAACCAAUCUCUUCCGCUGUGAAAUGUUAAACUUGAGAAUGGAGCUAGCUAAACCUGAACUUCGCAUUCCUGAAUACCCAGCCGCUCUUGUCUCCAGUACUCGAGGCGGUUUAUUGACUUGUCUGAAGUUGUUUCAUAUCCUGCCGGAAAACACAUUGCGGUUCUUUUCACUCAAAGAUCUUCGACAUCAUUCCAUCAUGAGAGAGCUGUGUGAGGCCCUAAGAGAACCGAAUGCCGACUUUCAUCUGCUUCUCAAGGAUGAUUGUCCGACUUUUGAGUACGCUUCAGAUAUCUUCAAUGUUAUUCCUUCCAAUGGGAUGAUCAAACUUGUACUGAUUACUGAAACCCGAGAAUCUGCUGUUCGGUUUUUCAGUGGGCAACGGUUCAUUACACUCGUAGAUGAAGAGAUCACCUUCGGCCAGCUAACGGAGUCCAGUCAGAACAUACUGAAACGCAAGACGGUGCUUUUUCAAGGAAUUGAGGUGGAACUCGGAGAGCUGGCAGAGGAUUCGGUUAUUGCAGAAGUUAUCAGGAACGAAUCUCUCGAGAAUUUGAUCCAGGAUAAAUCCGUUUCCAUCGGACCAAAUUUACCGGAUUUGGGAGUUGAAUAUUACAUUCCACGGAUAAUUGCCCGGUCGGAUAUUGAAGAGAGUGAAACUGACGAUUCAAAUCCAAACGAUACCUUGGACGAUGACUCCAACGAGAAGAUGUGUUUCAGUGAGCAUCAAUUUCUGGAAGACCUUUCCGAAAUACUGGACGAACGUAGGGUUUUCGUCCUUUCGUCGACACCCGGAAUGGGUAAAACCACGCUCUGGAAAAAGCUGGCUUGGCUGGCAAAGUCCCACUUCAGGACCAAGUGGAUUUUCUUCCUGAAGCUGCAGGACUCUCCUUUGAACUCGGUUACCAGUGGCAAGAUCAAUGCCGCUGAUUUUCUUGGCAAACACUUUGAGCUACCGCAACUGGAUAGAUCUCUUUUGGGAGAUUGUCUAACCAAGCAGGAUUCAGUUUUUAUAUUCGUCGAUGGAUUCGAUGAGCUGCCAGCGUCCAGUCAGAGUCCAGCGAUCAAACUGAUUCGACAUCUGCAACAAACCGUUCAAAUCUUUGUGAACACCCGUACACGACUGCAGUUGGACUUGGAAGAGGCUUUCGAUGUGAAGGCAUUCCUCCUGAAUCCCAUCAGUAAGUCCGAACAGACGGAUCUUUUCAGAAACAUUUGCGGUUUCAUCGACGGAACACGCGUGGAUACUCAACCAUUGUUCAAAUUCGUUGACCGGCUAAUGGAUAAAAUUCACAGCAAAACGAUGCAGAUAGCUAGCAACAUUGUCGGUGUUCCGCUGAUGGUCAACAUGCUAGCUGAGGUUUACAAGCCGGAUGUUCUGCGGUACGGCCAAACGAAAGACCCAGAAAUUCUGAACAAAAUCGAAUUAGAUGCUCUGGAUAUCAUGCAACUGUUUGAACAGUUUGUUUACAGCUCGUUUCGGCGACAAAAUAUCGAUAAGCAGAACCUCGCGGCAGAUAACCGUCAUACGAACCUAAUGUUGGACCGAAAUAAUUAUCUCUACGCGGGGUUUGUCAAGCUGCAUAACUUCUUAGGCUUGAUGAGCCUCGUUACGGACAAAAAAAUGCGCUUGGUCAUCCGCGACAAGCAACAACUUCAAGUUCUUCGUAAACAGGUCUCGCUCUUGGAUUCUCCCAUAGUCAGUAAAGUUCCGAACUUUAUCCACGGAUCGAUAGCCGAGUUUUUUGCUGCGAAAUGUUUGUUCAAAUAUUUAAGCAAAAUGAGCGAUGAUCGAAUAGAGACGACUUUCAUAAAGUAUGUAGAUAAAAGAGUUGUCUACAAAAAAAUAUACAUCAAGGAUACAUUCGACUUGUACCAUCGGGUUCUGAGCAAUUUCCCUACAGUACGGAAAUGUUUCUUCCUCACAGCGCGACAACACAAUUUCAAACUAGAAAGACUAGAAAUGCUCCUCAGGUGUAUGCGUCCUUAUCCGCUACUGUGGGCGUGUGAGGAAAAUUUCGAAGAGCUAGCCGUACACCUUAUAAAAAAAGAUCCAAACGUUGUCAACGUCACUACCAAAAAGUACAAAGAAACAGCUCUGCACUUUGCAGCAGCGCAAGGCCAUGUCAAACUAUGUACACUACUUAUCGAAAACAAGUUGGAUGUUAACGUCCAAAACGUUCAUAAUCAAACGGCCCUCCAUAAAGCUGCUUAUAACGGAUAUGACGAGGUAGUGAAACUACUAUUAGAAAGACAAGCAAAUGCUUCGGCACUUGAUAAUCUACAGCAAACUCCCCUAUUUUCGGCAGCACUGGCAGGACACAGCAGUAUCGUACAAUUGCUCAUUGGAAAGCAUCCUAACUUGAAUAGUCUGAAUAAGCGAGGAUGGGGCGCUGUUCACAUUGCAGCCAUAAAUAACCAUACCGAUGUCGUUCGGAUAUUGCUGUCCAGGAAAGUCAAAAUCAAAUCAGGCAAAGCCAAGAGGUGGACAGGAUUCCUUGGAAUGCUGUUGAACCGAGGACAUCGUGAAAUGGUCGAACUCUUAGUGACCUACGAAGUGAGGUCCAACGCCGGCACAAACGAAACUCUGUUCUGGGCUAUUCGACGAAAUCAUAUCGAGGUUGUUCGAACGCUUCACCGAGCUGGGGCAUCAAUCAACGAAACGGAUGAUCGAUCUGGACUCUCCACCUACCAGCUCGCGCUAAAAGAGGGUUCUUUCAAGAUUGCAGAAUACAUCCUGGCUACUCACAAUAGUUCCGAAAUGCCAGAAGAUGCAUUACAUAUGGCCGCUGAAGUUGGAAGUGUCACAUGUGUCUCUAUUCUUUUGAACAGCAAAGCAGAAGUGAAUGCUAAAAACCACAAGGGUGAAUCACCUCUAGGAUUGGCCCUGAAAAAUUCCCACGUAGGCGUUGUUCAGCUAUUGCUGGAAAAAUCUGCCAGAAUCACUGAAAAUAUGCUAGUUUACGCAAUCGGUGUCAACAAGCCGGGUUCGAUCGACUGCGCCAAGGAACUUCUACUUCAUGGAGCGAACCCUUCAGCAGUAUACGAACCGACCGGCCAAUCAGCCCUUCAUCUGGCGGUACUUGUCAACCAUUACGAGUGUACGAAGCUCCUGCUGCAAAGAGGAGCAUCUUGUCACCACAUAGACAAACGUGGUCGCACGCCUCUCCACUAUAUGGCACAGGGCCGCUGCACAUACGCGUUAAGGGCUUUUAUGGAGGAAACCGUUGGUUUUCGUAAUAUACGAAACAUGAAGCAACUAAUCCAUAUGAAAGAUCAGUAUCUAGGAGAAACGGUUCUCAGCUCAGCACAAAGUUAUUAUCCUGAAUUAUACAAUAUAUUAAAGCAUUUCGAUGUCAAUUGAUAGUUAUAGCUCUCCAAGGUAUAGGGGUUAAUGACACGAAUGCGCUAAACAUUGUAAAGUGCCAAAAAAGGAAUAGGGAAAAUUGUUUUCCAUGAUGAUGAAUAUGAAAAUAAAAAAAGAAUAACAAUUUAUACCGAAGUAGUUCUCGAA